AUGUUCAAGAGCGGCAUUUCUUCCUUCGCCCGAGCGGCUCGCCCUUCUUUCGCGGCGACCGCCUCUCCCCGGGUCAUCAGGCCCUCGACCCUCAGAUUCCCUGUCGCUUCCCGAUUCGCGAGCACUUCGAGCGUCGGUGAUGGCAAGAUCUACCAGGUCAUCGGUGCCGUUGUCGAUGUCAAGUUCGAUGGCGCCCGUCUUCCUCCCAUUCUGAACGCUCUUGAGACCACCAACAACGGCAACAAGCUUGUCCUUGAGGUCGCGCAACAUCUUGGCCAGAAUGUCGUCCGCUGCAUUGCCAUGGACGGUACCGAGGGUCUUGUCCGUGGCCACCCGGCCUCCGACACUGGUGCCCCCAUCACCAUUCCCGUCGGUCCCGAGACCCUGGGUCGCAUCAUGAACGUCACUGGUGACCCCAUUGAUGAGCGCGGUCCCAUCAAGACCAAGAAGACGCUGCCCAUUCACGCCGAGCCCCCUGCGUUCACCGACCAGUCCACCACUGCCGAGAUUCUCGUCACUGGUAUCAAGGUCGUCGAUCUCCUUGCCCCCUACGCCCGUGGUGGUAAGAUUGGUCUGUUCGGUGGUGCCGGUGUCGGCAAGACCGUCUUCAUCCAGGAGCUCAUCAACAACAUCGCCAAGGCUCACGGUGGUUACUCCGUCUUCACUGGUGUCGGUGAGCGUACCCGUGAGGGUAACGAUCUGUACCACGAGAUGCAGGAGACCUCCGUCAUUCAGCUUGAUGGCGAGUCCAAGGUCGCCCUCGUCUUCGGUCAGAUGAACGAGCCCCCCGGAGCCCGUGCCCGUGUCGCUCUUACUGGUUUGACUAUUGCCGAAUACUUCCGUGACGAGGAGGGCCAGGACGUGCUUCUCUUCAUCGACAACAUUUUCCGUUUCACCCAGGCCGGUUCCGAGGUGUCUGCCCUGCUGGGUCGUAUCCCCUCUGCCGUCGGUUACCAGCCCACCCUUGCCAUUGACAUGGGUGGCAUGCAGGAGCGUAUUACCACGACCCAGAAGGGUUCCAUUACCUCCGUCCAGGCUGUCUACGUCCCUGCUGACGAUUUGACUGAUCCUGCUCCCGCCACCACCUUCGCCCAUCUUGACGCCACCACUGUCCUGUCCCGUGGUAUCUCCGAGCUGGGUAUCUACCCCGCCGUCGACCCCCUCGACUCCAAGUCGCGUAUGCUUGACCCCCGUAUCGUCGGUCAGGAGCACUACGACACCGCCUCCGCUGUCCAGCAGAUUCUCCAGGAGUACAAGUCGCUCCAGGACAUCAUCGCCAUUCUGGGUAUGGACGAGUUGUCCGAGGCUGACAAGCUCACCGUCGAGCGUGCCCGUAAGAUCCAGCGUUUCCUGUCGCAGCCUUUCACGGUCGCCCAGGUCUUCACUGGUAUCGAGGGUCAGCUCGUUGACCUGAAGGAGACCAUUGCCUCCUUCAAGGCCAUCCUCAACGGUGAGGGUGAUGCCCUUCCCGAGUCCGCCUUCUACAUGGUCGGUGACCUGGCCUCCGCCAGGGCGAAGGGUGAGAAGAUUCUUGCGGAUCUUGAGAAGAACUAA